AUGGUUCCCAUGGCUACCUCUGCCCUGCUGGCCAUAGCUGUCCUGUUGGCUCAGCAAGUGAGGUUCCCUGUGAGCCUGGCACCUACAGUCCUGCCCCCGGAGCAGCCCGCUGCACAACAUGCCCCCGGGGGACAAUGUGCUCCUCCUCAGCCACUCAGGAGCCCUCUGUCUGCCCGGCUGUUGUGUGUAUGGCCUCUGUGUGCCUGUAUGCUCCUGACAACAUCUGGGUAUGCUGAUGAGUCGGUGGAUGGUGUCAUGGGUGAUCUCCUCCCAGAUCUGGAUCAGGGCGUCAGUGAGCUCCUGGACAGGACCGCCCUGCCUCAGCCCUGCCCUCCAGGGACGUUCAACAACCAGACAGGGGCCCACUCCCUCUCUGUGUGUAGCCCCUGUCCCUCUGGAGUGUACUGUAGCUCGUAUGGAGCCUCAAUGCCACAAGGUCGUUGUUUGCAGGGUUAUUUCUGCCAAGGAGGGGCUAUGGGACCUACACCUCAGAGCUCUGAUGACUUCCCCCUGAAUGGCCCUUGUCCUGUGGGCCACUACUGCCCAGCAGGGUGUCUCUCCCCGAUUCAAUGUCCUCUUGGCAGUGUUCGCAAGACCACCGGAGGUGUGUCCUCCGACAGCUGCUCAGCCUGUCCUGCAGGUUACUAUUGCUCCACUGAGGGUCUGGCCAACACCAGCGGUCCCUGUGCUGCAGGUUUCUACUGUCCUUUUGACUUCUCCUCAACCACUCCAUAUGCCUUCCUCUGUCCCAAGGGCCACUACUGUCCGGAAGGCUCUGCCCUGGCCUUACCUUGUCCCACAGGAGAGUACCAGCCAAACCCCGGCUCGGACAGCUGCAUCCCCUGCCGACCUGGAUUCUACUGUGAGGAGGCCAUAGUGGGGGAGCCGUGGCCCUGCCCGCCGCACUCUUUCUGCCCGGCAGGCACCAUGGUUCCUCAGCCCUGCCCCAAUGGGACUUACACUCAUCCAAACCAGGGAGGACUUCAGGAGGAGAGAGAGUGUUUACCGUGCCCUUCAGGGAAGUUCUGCAGGGCUGGAAGGAUCCAGGGCGUGUGUGCUGCGGGGUAUCUUUGUGUUUCUGGGAGUGCAGAUUUUACCCCUCAGGGACCGGGGUCCAACUUCACCCAGUGUCAGUGGGGUAUGCAGUGCGCUGGACCAUGUCCACCAGGUUUCUAUUGUCCCGAGGGCACAGACGAGGCUCAGUUGUGUCCUGCAAAUACAGUCAGAAGCUCCUCUGGAGGUUCCAGCCUACAGGACUGUUUACCCUGCCCCCCCCAGUACUGGUGUCAACCUGGUAUGAGCUGA